AUGCUGCUGAGCUGCAGAGCAGAGCAGAGAGCAGAGCGGCGAGGCUGCAGGAACAGAUUCUACCUCACCACAGUGUCUUUGCCGGAUAACAGGAGGAACAUGACCCUGACAGGUGAGCAGGUUCUCUGGCUCGGCACAGCCCGGCCCGGCCCGGCCCGUUUCAUCUCCUUCAUUCUGCCCUCUGUUCUCCUCCAUGUUCCAGCGUACAGAGAGAAGAUGCGAGAGCUCCCCCUGGUGUCCAUCUUCUGCUCCUGCAUCCUGCCUCAACCCAGGGAGCCUGCGGCCAACAAGCAGGAAGGCGUGGUUGACCUGAACCUGUGCAACAUCCGGGACAUGGAAGUCAUCGAGCUGAGCAAGCGCACGAGCGGCCAGGCCUUCGAGGUCAUCCUGAAGCCGCCGACCUUCGAUGGUGCCCCGGAGCUGAGGGCCACCACGCCGCCCCGCCAGAAGCCGUCGCUGGCGGAGAUCCAGAAGAAGCUGGACGCCGCGCAGGAGAGGCGGAAGUGUCAGGAGGCGGAGCUGCUGAAGCACCUGGCCGAGAGGAGGGAGCACGAGCGCGAAGUGGCGCAGAAAGCUUUGACCAAAGACCGCCAGGAGCAUCGUUUCAACGCCAACCCGCUACAGAUGCACCUGAACGCCACACAGGAGGAGGACAAGCACAGUGUGGAGGUGUCAUGAUGGCCUGAUCACAACACAAGCUGAACCUUAUCCAGAAGCCGAUUUUGAGGGCUGAUUGAGGAGCUGGGAAACUGGCGCUGCUCUGACUGGGAGGACUGGGAGCAGAACCAGUGGAGGACGUGGAGGACUGAGGGAUGUUUGUCUCCUCCACCAGGACCCUCGUUUUCAAACAAACGCUGCAGAUUCAGUCAUUACUGGACAGUUUCCUGUGGCUUUUCCGUGCUUUGUUGCCAUGCCAACAGUGCCAUUGUCUUCAUGUGUGAGUGUGACUGUACAUGCACCAACCAGAACCCAACCCGGCUGAAACGGAUCAGCAGGGUUCUGUCUGAAACUGAAGCUGGACCACAUCGAGCCGACAUCAGCUCAGAUACUCUGAGUCAGACUGCGCCCCCUGCUGGACAGUUUGAACAUUUAACUGUGAUGGGGUUCCUUGGUGACAUCUAGUGGCCUCUCUGAGAACAGCAGAAAAUCAGGAACCCUGCUGCUAGAACCACAAGAUCUGUACAGGUCCAGUUCUGUUUGAGAACCAGAACCAAGCAGAACCAGUUGGACCGUUCUGGUCAGGAUGAAAGCCUGCAGGAGAAAAGAUGGCGGUCCAAACGGCUUACAGACCAGAACCGUUUGACAUUAGGGUCAGACCAGAACCACCUUGUUCCAAGUCACUGUCAGCAAGUGCAACCGAAACCAAACGGCUUUCAGAACCAAGAAUUAGAGUCCAAUUCCUGCCUUCAGGACCAAGGUACCGAUAGAACCAGAAGUGGGCCCCAAAAAGCCUGAAGUAAAGUCAAAGUCCGGAGGUGGUUCUGGUCCGGUUUCAGUUCUGGUCCCAACAGAGAGAGGAGAACAUGUUGACCUGCAGGUAGAGGAACUACUUCCUGAUGUGGACCAAUCAGGAGACACCACCUGAGUUCUGAUUGGCUAGGACCGAAGUUCAGAACAGAACUAUCAGAACCGUUCUGCUCUGCUGAUACCGCCUAAAGAACGCCAACCUGAACCGACCCGAAAGUCAGACCUGGAGGUGGUUCUGACCCAGAUUCAGAUUAAAUCAGAUAAACUCGGGAACAACAAGUCCAGACGGGUCCAAAAACCUGAGAGGCUGAGAUGAGAACAAAGACAGAGUGGUCCGAGUCGAUGACCCGAGUCGGUGAUCCGAGUCAGUGACCCGAGUCAGUGACCCGAGUCAGUGACCCGAGUCGGUGAUCCGAGUCAGUGACCCGAGUCGAUGACGCGAGACGGUGACCCGAGUCUUUCAUCCGAGUCGGUGACCUGAGUCGUUGAUCCGAGUCGGUGACCCGAGUCGUUGAUCCGAGUCGGUGACCCGAGUCUUUCAUCCGAGUCGAUGACCCGAGUCGGUGACCCGAGUCUUUCAUCCGAGUCAUUGACCCAAGUCGUUGACCCAAGUCGGUGCCAUCCAGCUUUAUUUCUUCUGAUUCUGUUGAAAUUGUCUGACUAUAACUGAAAACACCCUGAUAUGGAUGGAUGCAGCUGCUCUUAUCCAUCGGCCUAGUUAAAGGACAUGUUGUACAAAGUUCUAUUUUAAAGAAUAAAGAAGCAGGAUCAUUCA